AUGGUCCUAAACUUUGAUGAUGAAUUGAACUUUCAAGACUAUCCGAAUUUGAGUGACUACAAACAUCAACGUAAUAGAAAACAAGACACAACAGCCAAUGAUAGAACCCCAUCAGUUAAUCAAGAUAAUUUUACAUUAAGUAAUGAUAUAUCGUCACAUAUCCAAAUAGAUUUUUCUGCUGCAGAAUGGGAGUACUUGACAAAUCAUUGUAUUCCUGCAAGUACAUAUGAUGCUAGUAGAGUAGAAAUAUCUCCAUCAAUAUCUAGUCAAACUUUCCAACUGUUACGACCUUCGUUUUGUUCCGAAUAUGACACAGAUACAACUGAUCUAAUGGGAAUUGUGGAUCAACAAAAUCACCACCAAGAACAAGAACAUCAACAACAACAACAUCAACACAUUCAACUGCAACUACGUCAGACAAUAAAUCUACUGAAUUGUGAUCACCAACAACAACACCAACAACAACACCAACAACAACACCACCACCAACAUCAUCCACAGCCACAUCCACAACUACAGCUACAGUUACCCUUGCCAUUACAGACUCAAGAUAUACAUCAGUCACCAACAGAACGACAAUACCAACCAGAUUGUCAAAUACAACUGCAUAAGAAUUAUCACCUUGAACAGCCCAUACAUACAACAUCAAACAGUAAUACUACACCAUCAACCAAUUGUAAUAUCAAUCUAAUUUCAAAACCACCGGAUGACUUUUGUUUUCCGUCCAAUUUAGAUUACAACACAUUUCUAGAAAAUAUGAUGGAUAAAGAUAACCUAAAUUGUGAAAGAGGUUUCACAUCAAACACAGGAGAUGCAACUUGUUCAACUCCUUUAUUUAAUCCAGAAAAUUAUGACCAUGAAUUAUACAUGUUGCAACAAGAAUUGCAAGAAAAUUCAAUUCCAUUAGAACCUUACCAACCACAAUCCCUUGAAAAAAAUAUUCACGAUGAUGAAGAAGAUGAAGAAGAGGAAGAAGACGAUUUCAUGGGUCCGAAUUCUGAUUUGUUAACUACUGCAAAUACCACUGCUGUUUCUGCUACUACGGCAACUCUGCUGAUACUGCUGAUACUGUUGGUCAAAUCACCAUCACAAAUAUUAGUUGACUUUGAUGAUUUUGUAACAUCACCCAUAUAUGAAUGGCCAAGUGAUGAGACAUGUGGUCAUGUAAAUUUAAUGAAUAACAUAAAAGUAAGGUUGGCCAAUUUAGAACCGAAAACUGUUAGUGAUGCAGUAAGGAAAACCAUUAGAGAAGAGUUUAUAAUACAAGAUUUGUUUCUUAAUGGACAAUCACCCCUACCGCCAGAAAUACCCAAAUCUAUACGAAAAAAAUCCGAUAGAGAUGUUGAAUGGACACCUCUUAGUGUUUAUAAAGCUUAUACAAAUAUCAAAUCACCAGCAAAUGGUAAAGAAGCGUACAAUCAUUUAGUACCUUACACAUCAUGUAUUGGAACAUUGAAUUAUCGACCCAAAGAUCAUGCUGCCUGGAAACGAGCACCCAAUAGGCGUCGAUAA